AUGGAGAGUGUUUGGGACAUUCUUCCAGAGAUGUUGGUGCAAGAGGCUGCAGCUGUGUCCAUCCCAGUUCCUACACCUGCCACAGGCCAGAGGCACAGCACUCAGGCUACAUCUGAGCUUCAGUCUAAACCAGACAAUGGAUGGCAAAAACAGACUAAAAGGAGGAACAAGAAGAGGCAACAAAAGCCAGAGGCAGAGAUAAAAGAGAAGUUUGAACAGAAGGAGGCUUUCACUUCAGUGAAGCCAAAAGCCUGGAGUAACGUCCUCAUUGAAACACAUCUUCUCAGAAACAAGAUCCCAGAUUCUGCACUGAUGGAGAGGAUUCAGGACAUUCCUCCAGAGAUGUUGGUGGAUUUGAAGAUUGAAAACUUCCUGCUCGAUGAACACAACAACAUCAAGAUAGUGGACUUCGGCCUCAGUAACACCCUCAGACCUGAGGCACUGACCCCAGAGCUGCUCAGCACUCAGUGUGGGAGUCCGGCCUACGCUGCUCCGGAGCUGCUGGCCCACCGCAAGUACGGCCCCAAGGUGGACGUGUGGUCAGUUGGAGUCAGUACUUUUGCCAUGCUGACCGGAACUCUGCCCUUCACCGUGGAGCCGUUCAACAUCAAACAUCUGCAUCAGAAAAUGAUCAACGGGGAAAUCGGCAACUUCCCCAACGAUGUCAGCAAAGGUGCCGUGUCUUUUGUGCUGUCGCUGCUGGAGCCUGAUCCCGUCAAACGCCCCAGUGUCAGAGCCGCCAUGGAGGAGCGCUGGAUCAACGAAGGCUACGGCAAGAAGAGCCUCCCCACAGCCUACCCCCAGAACAGGCUGUGCGCAGAGGACUUAAACUCGUCCGUUCUCACCUACAUGACCGACUCCCUGGGCUUCUCCCUCUCUGACGUCAUCCACACGCUGACCAACAACCGGCCCUCCCCCAUCAUGACCUACUACCACCUGCUGCUCAACAAGUUCCACCGCAGCCAGAAAGGAGCCAAGACUACAAAGAGAUUGGAAAACGAUUGGACGUUGCCGAGCAAGAACACGUGGAAAGAGCGGAAUGGCAGUGAAAUAAAAGUCCAACAGAAGAAUGCGUCCGACGUCAAAGGUCCCAAACAGGGGGUCCGAGCACAGAGACCUCCACAGACAGCAGACAGGGAGCUGGUGAAGGAGGAGAUCCAGCCACCCUCGCUCCCCUCUCUGCCACAUCUACCUCAGACCGCCUCCCCCCCUGUCCCGCGAGCACCCUCCCCCUCUCCUGCUCCCCAGGGGGAAGAAGAGGAGGUCACGCCUGGGCCAAAAGAGCCACUGUUUCCUGAAGUGACCGUGUUUAGAGAGCGUGAGCUGGUGCGCUUGUCGCCCCCCAAAAGCUCCGCCUCUCAGCUGUGUGACUCCGCCCCCUGUCAGGUGAGCUCCGCCCUCACACGCCCUGCCCUCCUCGCCCAACUGCUCCGCACCACGCGCUCUGACGGGACCACCGCUGCAGAGCCCGCCUCCCACUGUUUCCGUGACAACCACCUUCUCAACACCGGAGACUCAGACGACCACUUACCUGCUAACACUGAACGGCUGGAGAAACUGCAGACUUUUUACGCCACGGAUCACGCUCCCGUUUCGGCGAGGAUGAUUCUCGACACUGACGCGUUGCCCGACAGAGACAGCAUGGAAACCGUGCCUUCGCCCUUGCCGCGAUUGAAGACCACCGCGACAAAAGACACGAGAGGAAACCGGAAGUUGACGUCGUGGCUGAGCAGGCCGCCGGGGCUGCUGGUGAACGGCUCCAAACCGGCCGUGUAUCCGCCGCGACAGCACACCCUGGUGUUUAAGAGUCUGCGACAGGACAGGGGCAAGAGGAGGGAGCUGUCGGUGCACACGGGAGGGGCGACUACGGAGCGCGUUGGAGCCGCGGUGGUCAAGAGGAAUGCGGUGCAGAUCAAGGCCAGUUUGCAAAGAGGACUGAGCGAUCUGAACCUGCCGCUGCUGCCCACACCACUGCAGAAACCAGAGCGCAAGAACCGGCUGCACGGCAUGGAUUACUGA